AUGGCUCGCAGCUCCGGCCACCACCGCUCUCCACGGCGCGCCGCCGCGACGCCGCCGCUCCUCGCACUAGCCGCCGCCGGCCUCCUCCUGCUGCCGCUGCUGGCACGCGGGUCCCCCGAGCAGCAGCAGCUCGAGGACGACCGGAUCCUGGGGCUGCCGGGGCAGCCCAACGGCGUGGCGUUCGGCAUGUACGCCGGCUACGUCACGGUCGACGAGCAGGCCGGCCGCGCGCUCUACUACUGGCUCCAGGAGGCCGACCGCGAUCCGGGCGCCGCGCCGCUCGUCCUGUGGCUCAACGGCGGGCCCGGCUGCUCCUCCGUCGGCUCCGGCGCGCUCGAGGAGCUCGGCGCGUUCCGCGUCCACACCGACGGGGAGACGCUCCUGCUCAACGAGUACGCCUGGAACAAAGCGGCGAACGUGCUGUUCUUGGAGUCGCCGGCCGGCGUGGGGUUCUCUUACAGCAACACCAGCUCCGACGUGGUCAUGGGCGACAACAGAACAGCGCAUGACUCGUAUACGUUCCUGGUGAAAUGGUUUGAGAGAUUUCCACAGUACAAGUACCGCGAUUUCUACAUUAUCGGAGAAAGUUACGGAGGUCACUUUGUUCCUCAGCUCUCGCAGCUUGUGCACACGAACAACAUCGGCGUGGAGAAGCCUGUCAUCAACUUCAAAGGUUUCAUGGUCGGGAACGGUCUGAUCAACGACCACACUGACAUGACCGGCAUGUUCGAGUACUGGUGGCACCACGGCCUCAUCUCCGACGAGACCCUGGAGAGCGGGCUCAAGGUCUGCUCCGAGACCUCCUUCAUCCACCCCUCGCGGGAGUGCCUGGAGAUAUGGGCCGGGGCCCUCGAGGAGCAAGGCAACAUCGACGUCUACAGCAUCUACACGCCACCAUGCGACAAGGGGAGCGCAUUCGAGCUCCGACUCAAGAGGAGCCGCCGCCGCGCAUGGAUGCUGCCCGCGUAUGACCCGUGCGUUGACUUCCACGCGACCAAGUACAUGAACCUCCCCGAGGUGCAGAAGGCCAUGCACGCCAACGUCACAGGCAGCAUAGAGUACCCAUGGAGCUUAUGCAGCGAUCCCGUAUAUGAUAACUGGCCAGAGACACCCCAUUCCAUGCUACCCAUCUACAAGGAGCUCAUUGCAGCUGGCCUCAAGGUGUGGGUCUUCAGUGGUGACACGGACACUGUGGUGCCGCUGACCUCGACCAGGCGCUCUCUUGCCGCCCUGGGCCUUCCUGUCAAAACCAACUGGUACCCCUGGUACAUGGUCCCAACUGAGGUUGGCGGCUGGAGCAUGGAGUAUGAAGGCCUGACCUUCGUCACCAUCCGCGGCGCCGGGCACGCGGUCCCCCAGCACCGCCCGGCGCAGGCGCUCGUCCUGUUCCAGCACUUCCUGCAGGGCGAACCCAUGCCGGCCGAGGCCAGUAGUUUCGCUUUCGCUGACACAUCGAAUCAACUUUAUUUGCUGAAGUUGACUGACAACUGA